AUCGAUGUGACAGGUGAAGGUGAUUAGGUCAGAUGCUGUAACUGUCAGGUCGCUGCGAAAUAGUGAAUGGACAAGUCGCUGGAUGAGAAACUCUGAUUUGUGAAGCCAGUUACAACUGUGGCUUCAUAACUAAUAGUAGAAAGUAAUAACUUUAUUUAACGUUAUAUGAAAUAACCGGCAGAGUUAGCUUGUUUUCCAGAUGUGCUAAUCAUUUCAGCUGGUGGUGUUGGUGUUGUAAGGCUAGUAGCGUUACGCUAGCAGCAAUGUAGUUUCAGUCAGUCCAACAAAAUGAUCGACAACAAGGGCGGUGGGACAUUAAAUAUGACAUGGACACCGCGAGGAAGGUCCUCGACAUCAAAUAACCUUCCGUCAGUACAGACCUCAGCAGGGGCGGGUGGAAAGAAAUAGUCCCUCGCAGGGAAUGGAUGUUGCAGGGAAUCCUCUUCUGGCCCUUCAACACCUCAGCUUAUAGUGAGGGACAGAUGGAGAAGCUGUUGGUAACUACAGUCCAGGCAACCAGAAAACAAAGUGACAAAAGUUCAUCCCCAACUGUUGAGAUAUCUGAGCUGAACUGAGCUCAUUCAGAUCACAGCAGCUUGUUACACCUGAGACUCAGAGUCAACCACAGCAUAGAUGAUGACGGUGAUGCAGCAACAUUCACACAGCUUUCUGGUCCUUCUCCUCAUGGUCUUCAUCGCUGGGAUAGUUCUAUCUGGCCCCUCAACUCCCCGCAGGAGCAGAGUGAGACGCCAGAACAUGAAAGUCCGUAUAAACGCCACAGGAGACACCAUUGUGAUGAAGUUUUUGCGUCCCAACGCUGACACCAAGCUUGAGGGCUACAUCCUGGGCUACGGCAGCAGCAUGUUCUCCAAACAGUUCAUUCAGCUGCCUGAGAACGGACAGAUGUAUGAGACUGAGUUUGAUGCUGAGCCCAAGUACCUUAUCGCCGUCCAGCCCAUCCCAACCAAUGAAGUGAAAAAGCAGUGUACAGGUAAAGUACAGCUGGAGAAGCCGCUACAUUUGGUCAUUGGGUCGGUAACACCCACUUCAGUUCUCCUGUCCUGGGGGACCCUUCUGAAGACCCCCUACGAAGGCAACGUCAUGAAUGACUGUCUUGAGGAUGGACACUACACAGUGCGUUAUCGUGAGAAGAACAGGAAGUGGAACUACCAGACCUGCCCAACUAGUGACACGGUCAUUGACAAUCUGAAGCCCAACACAGUCUAUGAGUUCGGUGUCCAGCCCAACUCUAAGGAUGGCACUGGAUUGUGGAGCAAGCCCGUCAUUCACAACAUCAGCACAGUCGGCAUAGUGGAGAAAAUCUUUAAACGCCCCGUCAACCCUGUGAAACAUUUAAGGACAGAUCCUCCCUUUGCUCCUCGCCAUGUUCCACAUAAUAGGACCCAGGGCAGACUGCCCCUCUCCCGGAACAUAGCCCCAAAGACGACUCUUGCUACAACCACACCUACUACCACAACUACUAGACAGGAACCUUUGUCGACCCCGGGACCCACACUGCCUGUGGUCACCAAACAGCCAAUCGGAAGAGGAGACCUCUCCAGAUCUGUCUUGCCUACUUCCCUGGAGGUCCCGUUAGCUCCAAAACUCCAUUUUCCACUACACAUUACAGCCACCAUGGCAUCUUUUCCAUUCCCCCAGACAAAUGUGGAGAAACAUGGAGGGCAUCUGAGUCAACCACAACAAAAGCCCCAGUCCCAGCCUCAUGCACAACCUCUACCAAACCCCCAGCUCCAUCCACAGUAUCGACCACCACCACAACUAAAGCCCCACACCCAAAAACCUCAACUAAAGCCCCACUCAAAGGCAAAGCCUCAACCCAUUAUCCAAACCCAGCUGCAACUCCAAUCAACAUCCCAGCCCACACACCACACCCAACCAACAUCCCUGUCCAUAUCCCAGACCCAACCACAACACCAGCCAACAUCCCAGUUCAUACCCCAGACCCAACCUCAACACCAAUCAACAUCCCAGCCCAUGUUCCAGACCCUACCUCAACCCCAACGAACACCCCAGUUCAUACCCAAGAUCCUACCUCAACACCAACCAAUAUCCCAGUCCAUACCCCAAACCCAACCACAACCCAAACCAACAUCCCAGCCCAUACUCCAGUCCCUACCUCAAUUACAGUCCCAAUCAACACCUCAGCCCAAACUCAAGACCCAAACUCAGUUACAGUCUCAGUCAAAGCCACAUCCCCAAUCACAGCCUCAGACCACAACCCAGCUCCAGGCUGAACCAAAACCUCAACCAACACCCCAGCCCAAUCACCAGGCACAUCCUCAAACAAAACCACAUUUAAGUACCCAUCAAGCUCAACUAACUCUUAAGCAUAUACCUCAGACCCAACAAACACUACCAAAGAUUCACAUCCAGCCCCAACCUCAACCACAAUCUCCACAAAUCCAAACACAGUCUCAAACAAAGACCAACCCACAGUCACAACCUCAAAUAAAAACCAACCCAGAGCCUCAACUAACCACCAAGCAGCAGUCUAAGGCCCAACCAACAACUAAACCAAAGACCCAACCUCCACUUCGACCAAAAAAGCAGUCAAAGCCUCAACCAAAAUAUAAACCAAACUACCGAAGAAGGGACCAACAACAACCUCACCCAAAGCUUCAGCCAUGGCCCCAAUCACCACCUCCGACAAAGACUCAGGCCCAAUCUGUACCUCCUUCACAACCCAUUCCUCAACCACAUCCCCCUCUAAAGGCCCAGACUCUGUCCCAGCUUGAACCUCUACCCAAGCCAACCCUUUCAUCUAGGCCCCAACCACAACCUCAACCUGGACACCAGUUUCAGUCUCAGACCAGGACCUACACUGAUCCCACCAAGGUCACCCCAAGGCAGGCAGUCCCUACGGCUCCUAGUCCACCAGAAGAGGGCAAGCCUCUACCAAGACCUGCCCUGGCUACAGAGAAGGCUGGUAGUUACAAUCAGGGUACUGAUGUCCUCAGACCAUCCGUUGCUGAAGUCCCUCGUUCUCCCAUUAGCUCAUCUACUCCUCCAGCAGGAAGAAACGGCACGCUGUCUCGCACCCGGGUUCCUCCUCAUGCCACUCACAAUAGUGUCAGACCAUUUUCUCCAUCCAAGACAUUCCCCUCCUCUCACAGCUCCAGCACACCUGGGGACGAUGGAGCGCAUCAUAGGGGCAAUGCUCAUCCUAAAUCCAUGGAGUGGUCCAAAGACAAACCUGUCCUGUAUGACACUGUCCCUGCCAAGAGACCCAACGCGGUGGGGAAACCACAUGACCAUGAUAAACCCAUUGACCGGAAACAAGAAGACAAGGAGUCCAUCUUGAGGCCAUUCCCUCUGGUCACUGCCAAGCCAAAGCAGGAGCGCCGACAGCAGACAACCACCUCCGCCCCGGCAUUAAACAGUAUAAUUUCCUUUUCAGGCAGUCGUUUUGACUUAAAUGAAAACUCCUCCAUAUUCAGGCCCUUGCCUGCAUCAGAGGUAGACAUCAUGGGCAAGAAGCGCUUUGUAGCUCCCCAUGUGAUCUACAAGACGGACAAGAAGCCAGAUGAGCCAUGCUCUAUCACCUCCUCCCUUGCUUACUUCCCUGAUGAGGAGGGCAGCGAUCAGAAUGUGACUGGUCCUCCCCGCAUACCUCCCUCUAACCUCACUGUGGUUACUGUGGAGGGCUGCCCGUCUUUUGUCAUUCUUGACUGGCAGAAAUCUGACAAUGAAACCAAAGAGUAUGAAGUUGUAUCCACCGCUAAAGGACCAAAUGGAGAAGAAGUGUCCGUACUGACGACCAACCAGACACACACAGCUGUGGAGAAUCUCAAACCAGAGAGCAGGUAUGAAUUCAAAGUAACACCAAAGAAUGAGCUGGGAACCGGACCCUCCAGUGAUCCUGUGUCUUUUAGCACAGAAUCAGCGGAUCCACGAGUGAGUGAACAUGUUUCAGGCAAAGAUGCCAUCUGGACUCAGUUCCCAUUUAAAUCCGAUGCCUACUCUGAAUGCAAUGGAAAGCAGUACGUGAAGAGAACUUGGUACCGAAAGUUUGUGGGCAUUCAGCUCUGCAACUCCCUGAGAUACAAGAUCUACCUGAGCGACUCUCUCACUGGGAAGUUCUACAACAUUGGAGAUCAGACGGGGCAUGGUGAGGAUCAUUGUCAAUUUGUGGACUCCUUCCUGGAUGGACGAACCGGUACCCAGAUGUUUGCUGACCAGCUACAAAGCAGGCUAGGGUUUUAUAGAGCGUUGAGACAGGAACCUGUCAGCUUUGGAGAGAUUGGGGGGAAGUCACACAUUACCUAUGUAGGCUGGUACGAGUGUGGCACGCCCAUACCUGGGAAGUGGUAAGACCCCCACGGGGCUAUAGAGGAAGGAUGACUUCCUGGGUGGUGAGGAAGAAGACGCCUGACUAUGCCUGAAGGGAGGUGGGCCUUUCUUUCAUGUUACCAUGGACACCAGAGAUGGGUCUGUCUGUCUGAGCUCAGCCUACUCUUCCAGGUGUGAACCUGUACAGGACUAUUAGGUGUCAUGAAACUCUAUUGAGUGCAUUUGUAAUGUUGGUCUUAAUUUCUGUAUUUAUCAAUGUCAUGACGGACGAAAGAAUGCAGGAGUUUGAGUGAACCAAAAUGUUGAAUAUACAGUAAUCACAGAGAAAAUGUUGGGAAGCUGGCUCCCAAAUUGUAAUAACUUGUAUGAUAUUAUUUAUCAAGGGGAUUGUUUUUGGAAAUUCUGUGUGUGCAUGUGCUUUUGAGAUGAGAAAGUAAAAAUUGUUCCCAAUACUUCCACGUCAGUGAGAACACACAUUGGUCAUUUGUGUACAGAAAGGUGCCAAUCAUACUUUCAUUGUACAUUUGGACGAUGUAAAAUGCAAGUACACACAGACAUGCAGAAUUGACCUUCUGCUGGCCCUAAGGGAUUAUUAGCAGUUGCAGUUUGCACAGUAUUAAACUUUUGUUAAUAUAUGUAUAUGGUGUGAAAUACAUUUUGUAUACCAGGGAUCAUAUAGUUUGAUACAAUUCAGGAAAAAGAUAAAACAUCUUUAGACAAAUUGAUCUAUUGCCCAAAGUUACUAUGGGGUCACUUGGAUACAAAAGACUUAUGUAUUUUUAACACUUGUGCAGUCUAUUUUAUAAAAUCAUAGAAUAUAUAUAAACAUUUAUAGAUAAACUGAAAUUCAAUGUUGAGCAAGUGACAUAAUUUAUGUUUGUGUUCAAACUUACUUCAAAUUGUACAUAAAGCUAUACAUCAUUGAAGAGGAAUUACCAGGUUUUUAUGUCAUGACUGCAGUCGUUUUUGAUGCACCAUGUAUGUUUUCAGCAAUAAAUCUUGUUUUUAUAUGUACUGAUAUACA